GGCACUGAUCAGAGCCCUCAGAAACAGUGCUGAAGAUCUGAAUUUGGCAGGAAGCUCAGCAGAAACUGAAGGAAUAUGUAGAGGGAACAAAGCUUUGGUGAAGGUCUUUCCAAAUCAAUCUCAAAUGUAAAGGGACCAAUAGGGUGGUGAUGCCCUCAUAUCUUACAAUCUAAGUUAGGUGACCCUGGUAAGCUCUUGAAUAGGAAACUUUCAAAUUUAAAAAAAAGUUGAAGAAAAUUAGUGGUUCUAUCCUUAGAAUUUUCUUUGGUUUUACAUUCCAGCAUGCACAUAACUCUGAAAUUAAGGGGAAUUUUGUGUACUGAUUUUGUAUUGGGACGAUGGCUUAAUGUUCAGAGGAAAAUCAAGACUGAUGAUAUAUAUUUAUGUUUCUGUCAGUGCAUGUGUUUAUCCUUAGUACACACCCAUUUAACUUGAGAAGGGUCUGUCUAGCCAUGUGACUGCAUCUCACUGUGGUGUGCUGAAGGCUUACCUUUCCUGAGGUAUAUACUUUUCUGUUAGUUUUAGAUUGCUCAUCACUUUUCUUCCAUAAUUCAUAUGCUUAGAGUAACAGUUAAACAACAUGUUUGCAAAGCAAUGAAGUAUAUAGAAUACAUAUUUUAUAAAUAUUUUGGUGGGACUUGUGUUUAAUGUAUAUGGAUUGCUGCUAUACUUCUACCUUAAAGACAGAAGACCUUUUGAUCUAUCCCCGCCAAUCAAGGACUUUUGAUCAGCACAAAAUACAUGAAAGCAUUUUAAAACUGCAAGGAGUGGGGAAAAAAGACAAUGGGCUCUGAGCCUGGAUGUUAAUUCUAGAGAGCAGUGAUACAUUAAAAUAACCUACAAACCAGGCAGGCAGCAGGACCCAGCUGCAGUAACAAUCCCUACAGACUAUGUCAUCAUAUUCUAUCAGAAAAUACGAGAGGAACCCAGUGAAAAGCAAAUUCACUGUCCUGCACAUCCACAGCUGAUUACAGAGGCUCUGAAUAAAAACAGCAGCAGUUCUCUGAAGAAUGGCUCUGAGUGACCUCCUCUACCCAGACAACCCAAAGAGACGGCAAGAAGUGAUCCGGCUGCACCAAGAGCUGCUUGACUGCAUGUCAGUUAACUUCCUUGCCACCAAUGAACUGAUUGGCGUGCUGAAUGCACAUUUGGGGUGUUCGAUUGCCCACAUCCAGAUGAGAAAGACUGGCACCAUUAAGGAAAACUGUGACAUUAUCAUCCAAGCCAUGGGUGAGAUUCAACAGGAAGUCAGGAAGAUUGACAAAGAAAUGAAGGAAAAACUGGAUCCAAUGCUGUACCAAAAACUUUGUGAUAUCAAAGAGCCGGAGGUGGGGAAAAUAGCAAUAGCACACAAAGUUUUUUCAAUUAUUCUUGGGGAAGCUACUUCCACUGCUGGUCUGUUAGCUGUGAAACUAAUUGGCUCAAAUGUUAUAACCAAUACCGUUAGCAAACUGGUCACUCUGCUUGCCCAGAUUGGUGCUUCUGUUCUUGGAGGUAUUGGAAUUGCUAUUCUUGGGCUAGGCAUUGAUGUGGUCCUCCAGGCCAUCCUAGGAGCAGUUGAGAGGGAUCAGCUGCUGGCCUCUGUUAAAAGUUAUGAGGAUCACCUGGCUGAAUUUAAGACAGCCUCAGAAAAAUAUUCAUGUGCCAUAAAUGAAGCAACUUCAAUAGUGAAACAUAAAACUCAGUGAAUGGCUUUUUAAGUUGUCUCUAGUUGUCACAAUGACAGAAUUUACUAGAUGUAAGAAUCAAACCAGUUCAUGUACACUUUGAUCCUUCAUGGUUGAGCAAACUUUUUUCUUUAACUUCAGGCAUUUUUUGAGGUGGCACCAGGGAUAGCUCAAAGAGUUGGAACUGAGCUCUUUCAAUAACUGAUUCAAGCCCACUUCAGAAAAGUAGUAUAUGAAAGUACCUGCUUCUGGUGUUUGCUGAGAUUAUGGGAAAUAAAAUGGUCAUUCCUAAUCUAGUAAACUAGUGGUCAAGUAGCUGCAGAAGAUAAAAUCAUCAUCAUGCCUAACUCUAAUUCCCAGGUUCUGGAGAGAUGCCAGUAGCUGAAUAAAGGUCAGAUCUACACUAGAAACUUUUGUCGAUACAAUAAUGGUUUAAGAGUGUGAUUUUUAUGAUGUUUAUUUUUUAUUGACAAAAGCCUGAGUGGAGAUGCAGAUACACUGAAAAAGAAGGUGGGCUUUUCUUGUGUCAGAAUCUCCACAUUUGGAGGGUUACUGGUAUUGCAACUUUUUUCUGGUGCAUACUAGACCUAAUCUUGAUAUACAGGAUUCCCCUCUCAUGGUCAUCUGUCAAUGCUUUGACUCUGUAUCUAUGAAGCCACCCAGUGCCCUACUUAAAAUGAACUCUAAUCCUGACAGAGUUGUGGUUUGAAAAAUAUGUGCGCACACAAUUUAAGCUCUACAGUUAAGAGAUGAAAAGAAGGUUCCAGCAUUCCAGAGAUUCUAUGGGCCCAAUCAUGAAAACACACGUGCAAUUAAUAUUGUGCAUACAUGCAGUUCUUCUGGGUUAAACGGAUCUACAUCCAGGCAAAAGUGCUUGCAGGACGACUGGCCUACAAGGACAUGCUAUUUUCUUUUUUUUAAAGUGAUUAAUGGAUGAGUGAUAUGGGAUGGUAGUGGGCUUGUUCAAUAUAUUCACAGCCUGUAAAACAUCACAACACAAAUACUACAAAUCUAAAUGUGCCUAGUUUGGAAACAAACGGUUAGAGCAAAGAGUUUGAUUUGUAUGCCCCUUCUCUGAGACACACUGAAGUUUGGUUUUUUUUGGCUAUGUUAUUUGAAUAAAAAUUGUAAUUUUAAAAAUAUAUUAAACCUGUACCAUAUUAAUUUUGA